GCACUGCAGUUCAGAUAGGCUGAACUACUACGUAGCUGCCGUAGUUUCAAUGGUAACUACGCCAGCUUCACUCUUGGUGCAGAAACAAGACAUCAACUGCAGAUUAUGCAGAAGUAUCCACUCGCCUAAAAUUGGGAUAGUAAUGUUAGUUUUUACGUUGCAGAUAUAAUGUAGUGUUUUGAUGUCCACAUUCGGUCUUACAGUCGAAGCGACCUCUUUAACCCGGAAUCCGAAAACAAUCUGUUCACUUGAGCCACAAAACAAGAAGUGAGAGAUGCCUCACGGCUCGGAUGACGCCCGCAAGCAGUUCGUCCUCACCACGACAGGGAACUACUUCGGCCUAAAGCCGUCUGCAUCCCUGGUUGGGUCUGAGGAACUCAACAACUUCUUAGACGAUGGUAACGAAUUCGUGCUUGCUGUCAACAAACACGAGAAUGACCUGUGCCUGUCAAACAAGAUUGAGGCUGGGUACAGCAGAGAGAAGGUGCUAGUGUUCUUUAAGCUGCAUCCCACAGUGAUAACAGAGGAGAACCUGCACCAGAAUGUCCUGGUGUCCUCCAUGCUAGAGUCUCCUAUCAGUACCCUCUACCAGGCUGUGCGACAGGUGUUCGCCCCUAUGCUACUCAAGGAUGAGCGGUGGAGCUCAGCAUUUGACCCUAAGCUUGCGGGCCUGCUAAGUGAGCUGGAGCAGGGGCUAGGCUCUGUGGUCCGCAGGGCUGGAACAGAAGACUCUGGCAAGAGGAGUCCAGGGGAAGAUGACAUCCUGGGUAUCCUGACCCCGGUGGAUGAAUUCCAGUACUGGGCUGAUCUCUCCGAGUCUGGGGACAGGAGCACUGUGAGAGAGAGGGCCGCACACUUCUCUGAGCUCUUCAAGCCCAUAGAGAAGGACUACAGUGGUCUGGAUGGUGUCUGUCUGGCUGAUGCUGUGGAGCUGGUGGAGGUGAGCAGAGACACACUGGAUGACGUGUGGAGGCAGAACGACCAUGAUCCUUUUCCUGAGACACGCAUGCUCAGACUCAUGGACGUCAUCGGUGGUGCGCUGGGCAGGUACGUGCAGAAGAAACUGAGUGGUGUGAAACUCUUUUUGGACCCGUUCCUGUCUGUGAGGGAGAGCCUGAGAGUCGGCCUGGUCAUCUGUGAGCAGUGGGUGUCGGCCUGUGAGCACCUGAGUGGACAGGUGUGGAAGAGAUACGCCCCUUACCCCUGGAAGGGAGACAAGCAUCGCCCACAGGCCCUGCACAGCCUGGCUCAGAGACUGGAUGAGGUGGUGACGAUCCGUACGGUCCAUGAGAAGCUGCUUCGUCUGCUGCCUGGAGGAAAACAGCAGGCCUUGGCCUCGGCUCGCGUAUAUGAACCCUUCUCUGGCCUCAACCCCUUACACUACAACCCCUAUACUGAGCCUCUGUGGAGGGCGGCAGUAGCCCAGUUUGAGCGAGCCAUCACCCCAGCAGAGCAGGAGGUGGCAGGCAGACUGAAGGCCUACAUAGCAGAUGUACAGGACAACCCACAGCAGCUGCUGCAGGUGUUUCAGAAGCACAAGGAGCUGAUCAGACGACCCAACGUCAGCAAGGAGCUGCAGUCAGAGAGAGAGACUCUGCUGGCCAGACUGCUGGAAUACAUCAAGGUGCUGCGGACAGACUUUGAGGGUCGUUGCCAUGGCGCCCCGGGAGAAAAGUCCGGCCCCCUGGCUGGCCGGAAUCUCCCUGAGGUCGUCAACAACAUUGUAUGGGUCCGCCAGCUUCUCCAUAAGGUGGAGGACUCCAUCAAGAUAGCGCAGGCUCUGCUGUCAGACCUGUCAGGGUUCCGCUCGUUCCUGCGGUUCUGUGACGACCUGCUGGAGGUUCUACGGGCCUACGAACAGGAACAGUUUGAUGACUGGUCCAGAGACAUCCUCUCUGGCCUCUCUGACCCCAAGUGUGGCAUCAGUCUUCAGGCCAGUAACCGUGUGAUGGAGCUGGACCAUAUAGAUGGGAAGCUGAAGAUCCAGUACUCUGACCGUCUGGUCACUCUGCUGAGGGAGGUCAGACAGCUGUCAGCCCUUGGCUUCCCCAUCCCAGCCAAGAUCCAGCAGGCUGCCAACACUGCAGACAAGUUCUACAGGCAGGCCAUCAUCCUCAAACAGGUGGCCCACUUCUACAACACCAUCGACCAGCAGAUGAUCUCCUCUCAGAGACCCAUGAUGCUCAGCUACGCCCUGGCCUUUGAGCAGGUCAUCAAGCAGAAUCCACGGUCCCAACCCCGGGACUCUGGCGGGAAGCUGCAGAUCACCUGGGAUAAUCCCAAAGAGCUGGAGGUGUACAUUGGAAAACUCCAGUCUGCCGCAGAGAGACUCUCCACUGAGAACCGGAAACUGAGGAAGUGGCACACAGACUUCACUGAGAAGGUGGUGGCCCUGAUGACUGUGGACCUGCUGAGGCACCAGCAGCGCUGGAAGGACGGCUUACAGGAGCUCCGCACCGGGGUCGCCACACUGGAGGCACAGGGGUUCAGGUCAGGGGAGAUGAAGGCCUGGAGGCAGCACUGGAACCACCAGCUGUACAAGGCCCUGGAACAUCAGUACCAGACUGGACUGGAGGCUCUCAACAAGAACCUGCCUGAGAUACACAUAGACCUCACUUUCAAGCAGGGUCGUCUUCAGUUCCGUCCUCCUUUUGAGGAGGUGAGGGCCAAGUACUUCAGAGAGAUGAAGAGGUUCAUCUCUAUCCCGAACCAGUUCAAAGGAGUCAGCGCUCAGGGGGAGGAGCUCAUCUUCAGCGUCAUGAUUGACAGGAACGCAUCAGGCUUCCUCACCAUCUUCAGCAAAGCAGAGGACCUCUUCAGCCGUCUGCUGGGCGUUCAGGACAAGUUUAAGGAGUGGGUGGUGCUGGGCCAGGUUGACAUGGACGUGUUGGUGGAGAAGCAGCUAUCGUCUGUCCAGGACUGGGAGAGGAACUUCAAGGCCUUGAAGGCCAGAGGGAAGGAGUCAGAACGCCUGUCCAGUCUGGAGAAGGUUGACUGUAUCACAGUGAACUGUGAGCCAGUGAAGGCAGUGAUUGAUGACCUCAUCCAGAGACUGUUUGACACCCUGCUGAUGUCCCUCAGAAAGUCCAUACAAGGCCAUACCCUAGACAUAGACAGUUUUGUGACUGGGGCCAUGGAGACGUUGUCCUCUCGUCCAGAGAGUAUUGAUGAGAUAGGAGAGGCCAAUGCCAGACACAGCCAGAUACAGGCCCGCAAACCAGACAUCCUGCUCCAGUUCCAGGCGGCGCAGGAGAAGAACCGUCUGCUAAGGGCCGUAGCAGGAGGCGGUCUGGAUUCCCUGUCCUCCCUCAGGGCCAAGUGGGACAAACUAGAGAUGAUGAUGGAGAGCCACCAGCUGAUGAUCAAAGAGCAGGUCGAGGUGAUGCGUAGUAAUGCUGAGAGUCGUGUCCAGGCCUACAGGCUGGAGCUGGACAGGUUCAGGGCUCGCUGGGACCAGCUGAAGCCCAGAGACGAGGUCAUAGAGACAGGAGACCAGGCAGCCCUGCUGGCCUCUGUCCAAACCAUCAGAGACAAGAGACAGGAGUUCCAGGAGCUGGAGGUCACACGCACACGCCUGCUUGAGGACUGUCGUCACUUUGAGCUGGAGGCUCCAGACUUCUCCCUGGCGGAGGAGACCAUCAGAGACAUGGAGGAGUAUGGACAGAUGUGGUCUCUGUAUGAGGACUGGCAGGAGGGCUUCCAGGAGAAGGCCAAGGAGGACUGGAUCACAUUCAGGAGUAAGACCUACGUGUUUGAGGAGUUCCUGUUUGCGUGGCAGGACAGACUGAGGAAGCUUGAGCAGCACACCAGCAUGUCUGUCAAACUACAGAGAGAAGUUGACAAGUACAAGAGUCUGGUUCCGGUGUUAAAGUACGUGCGAGGGGAGCACCUAUCCCAGGACCACUGGUUGGAUCUAUUCAGACUGUUGGGUCUUCCUAAAGGCACCACCCUGGAGAGACUGACCUUCUGGGAUCUGCUCAGUGUGUCUGACACCAUCACAGACCGAGCCCUUGAGCUCAAGGACCUGAACAGCAGGGCCCAGGCGGAGGUGACCAUCAGAGAGGCUCUCAGGGAGCUGGACCUGUGGGGGGCCGGAGCUGCCUUCACCCUCACUGAGUAUACAGACAGCACUGGACACACACUCACACUCAUCAAGGACUGGAAAGACAUGGUCAACCAGGUUGGUGAUAACCGCUGUCUGCUGCAGUCUCUGAAGGACUCUCCGUACUACCGUGGCUUCCAGGACAAGGUCAGUCUGUGGGAGGUGCGUCUGUCUGAUCUAGAUGAGUACCUGGUCAGUCUGAAUGCCAUCCAGAGGCGUUGGGUCUACCUGGAGCCCAUCUUCGGACGGGGGGCUCUACCCAGGGAACAAGCCCGUUUCAAACGGGUUGACGAGGACUUCAGGUCCAUUUUGGCUGAUGUCCAGAGAGACAACAGGGUGACGUCUCUGAGCUCUCGGGCUGGCAUCAGAAACUCCCUCAUUACCAUCUUAGACCAGCUCCAGCGUUGCCAGAAAUCACUCAACGAGUUCCUAGAGGAGAAGCGUUCUGCUUUCCCGCGGUUCUACUUCAUUGGAGACGAUGACCUGCUGGAGAUUCUGGGCCAGGCCACCAACCCCACUGUGAUACAGUCACACCUCAAGAAGCUGUUUGCUGGCAUCGACAGUGUGGACUUUGACGGGGACUGCCAGCACAUCGUGGCCAUGCGUUCUCUAGAGGGAGAGGUGGUGGCCCUCAGAAACCUCAUACGUAUCUCCAACAGCGUAGAGGUGUGGCUGGGUGAGCUGUCUGCUGAGAUGAAGGAGACUCUGAAGCAGCUGUUGUAUGAGUGUGUCUCAGCGGGGGGGAAAGGACAGGUGGACCCGUCCUGCUACCCCUCUCAGAUCCUGUGCUUGGCAGAGCAGAUCCAGUUCACUGAGGAGGUGGAGAGUGGUCUGAGAAACAGCAGUCUGCAGCAGCUGGAGGUGGAGCUCACCGCUAAGCUAGAGCACUACACCAGCGUAGACACCAGCUCUGAGGAGACGGGAAACACAGAGUCAAGUGUGUUGCAGCUGAAGCUGAAGGCUCUGAUCCUGGACAUCAUCCAUAACAUCAGUGUGGUGAAGCAGCUGUGUGAGGCGGGGGUGAGCAGCCCUGACUCCUGGGCCUGGAGGAAACAGCUCCGGUUCUACCUCAACAACGACAAAUGCUGCUCCAUACAGAUGGUUGACGCUCACUUCAGCUACACAUACGAGUACCAGGGUAAUGCGGCUAAGCUGGUCCACACCCCCCUGACUGAUAAGUGUUAUCUGACACUGACCCAGGCCAUGAUGAUGGGUUUGGGAGGAAACCCCUACGGCCCUGCCGGCACCGGCAAGACUGAGUCAGUCAAAGCCCUGGGGGGCCUGUUCGGAAGACAAGUACUGGUCUUCAACUGUGAUGAGGGUAUAGAUGUGAAGUCCAUGGGGCGUAUCUUUGUGGGGCUGGUGAAGUGUGGAGCGUGGGGCUGCUUUGAUGAGUUCAACCGCCUGGAGGAGGCUGUGCUGUCUGCAGUGUCCAUGCAGAUACAGGCCAUCCAGAACUCACUGAAGAACCACAGGACCAGCUGUGAGCUGCUGGGCAAGGAGGUGGAGUUGGACCCUAACUCAGGGGUGUUUAUCACAUUGAAUCCAGCUGGGAAGGGUUAUGGAGGGAGACAGAAGCUGCCUGACAACCUGAAGCAACUGUUCAGGCCCGUGGCCAUGUCCCGACCAGACAACGAGCUCAUUGCUGAGGUCAUCCUCUACUCCGAGGGCUUCAAAGACGGAGAGAUACUGGGACGCAAGCUGGUCGCCAUCUUCAACCUCGCCAGGGAGCUGUUGACCCCGCAGCAACACUAUGACUGGGGUCUGAGGGCUCUGAAGACGGUGCUGAGAGGCUGUGGCAGACUGCUGCAUCAGAGGAGUGAGGCCAAGAACAAGAUCAAGGAGAGUGUUCUGGUGGUGCAGGCGCUGAGGUUGAACACCAUGUCCAAGCUGACAUUUGCAGACAGCAGCAGGUUUGAUGCCUUGGUCCAAGAUGUGUUCCCUGGGGUGGGUUUUACUGACGUGGAGGAUCGGACCCUCAGCCACGCACUGCAGGCCGUCUACGAGGAGGCACACCUCGUACUCAUACCCAGCCAGAUGAAGAAGGCUCUGGAGCUGUGUGAGCAGUUGAGACAGCGUAUGGGAGUGGUGAUCGUAGGUCCCAGCGGGGCAGGUAAAUCUACUCUGUGGAGGAUGCUGCGUGCCGCCCUGGGCAGGACAGGCAGGGUGGUGAAGCAGUAUACAGUGAACCCUAAAGCCAUGCCCCGCCAGCAGCUGCUGGGUCACAUAGACAUGGACACUAGGGAGUGGACUGACGGGGUGCUCACAAACAGCGCCAGGCAGGUGGUGAGAGAACCACAGGAGGUGAGCUCGUGGAUCAUCUGUGACGGGGACAUAGACCCAGAGUGGAUCGAGUCGUUGAACUCUGUGUUGGAUGACAACCGUCUUCUGACCAUGCCCAGUGGAGAGAGGAUCCAGUUUGGACCCAAUGUCAACUUUGUCUUUGAGACCCACGACCUCAGCUGUGCCUCACCAGCCACAAUCUCACGCAUGGGCAUGAUUUUUCUCAGUGAUGAGGACACAGAUGUGAGCGCGUUGGUCAAGUCGUGGCUGAAGGGUCAGCCUGAUGAGUGUCGCAGUAACCUGGAGAACUGGAUGGGAGACUUCUUCCACAGAGGCCUUGACUGGGUGCUUAAACAGAAUGACUUGGUGGUGGAGACCAGUCUGGUAGGGACAGUGUUGAAUGGUCUGUCCCACCUGAGUGGAGUGACAGAGCGUGGUCAGUUUGUGGUUAGUCUCAUCAGAGGGCUGGGCGGGAACCUCAACCUCAAAUCAAGACAGGACUUCGCCAAGGAGGUGCUGGUCUGGGCUAGAGAGAGCCCUCCUGACCCGAGGAAGCCCCUGGACACCUACUAUGACCCUGAGUCUGGCCGGCUGUGUGUGUACACUCUGGAACGUCCUGACGGCCUCAGCCUGGAAGAGCUCACACACACUCACACACUCCCCGUCAUCCAGACCCCCGACAUGCAGAGAGGACUGCACUGCUUCUCCCACUGGCUCUCCUCCCAGCACAGACAACCCUUCAUACUGGUGGGGCCUGAGGGCUGUGGCAAGGGUAUGCUGUUGCGCUAUGCGUUCUCUCGGCUGCGUUCCACCCAGGUAGCGGUGGUCCACUGUAGCGCCCAAACCUCGUCUCGUCACGUCCUCCAGAAGCUCAGUCAGACCUGCCUGCUGCUCAGUUCCAACACGGGACGGGCCUACAGACCCAAACACUGUGAGAACCUGGUCCUCUACCUCAAAGACAUCAACCUGCCCAAGCCUGACAAGUGGGGCACCAGCAACCUCAUAGCCUUCUUACAGCAGGUGCUGACGUACCAUGGGUUCUAUGAUGAGAACCUGGAUUGGGUGGGUCUGGAGAACGUCCAGGUGGUGGCCUCCAUGUCAACAGGAGGCGCUGUGGGACGACACACACUCACUUCUCGCUUCACCUCCAUUGUGCGCAUCUGCACCAUAGAUUAUCCAGACAGGGAGCAGCUCCAGACCAUCUACUCAGCGUACCUGCAGCCUGUUCUCCAGAGGAGCCUUGGGAGCCAGGCAGCCUGGGCCAGCACUGGGAAAACACACCAGCUAGCAGGGUCUCUGGUACAGGUCUAUGAACAGGUGAAGGCGAAGUUCACGGUGGAUGACCACAGUCACUACCUGUUCACUCCGUGUGUUCUCACCCAGUGGGUGCUCAGCCUGCUGCGAUACCACCUGUCCGCAGGGAACUGUAAUAUAACAGACUCAGUGUUGGAGGUGGUAGCCUAUGAGGCCAAGAGGCUGUUCAGAGACAGACUGGUCUCCUCUAAAGACAUCCAUUCCUUUGACAACAUCCUCUCCUCUGUCAUACGAGGUGACUGGGGCUCCGACGCACUCGACAACAUGACAGAUGGUUUCUAUGUGACGUGGGGUGCGUCUGAGGGAGGGGGAGUGAUGGCCCCUGGUCAGUCCCUGCCUCCCCACGGUAAAUCUCUGGGACGCCUCGACUUUGCCGACCUACGCCAGGUCAUACACAAGGGAGCGGUCCUAUAUGGACGUGACAACAGGGAGUUGGAUCUGCUGUUGUUCUGGGAGGUGUGUCACUUUGUGUCUCGUGUGGACCGCGUCCUGAGUCGACCGGGGGGCUCUCUGCUCCUGGCCGGGCGCAGCGGGGUGGGGCGACGCACCGCCACAUGCCUGGUCUCACACAUGCAUGGAUACACACUCUACACACCCAAGAUCUCCCGCGGAUACUCACUCAAACACUUCAACAAUGACCUGAAGAACGUGAUGCAGCUGGCAGGUCUUGAGGGCCAACAGGUGGUGCUGUUGCUGGAGGAUUAUCAGUUUGUCCACCCAGCCUUCCUGGAGAUGGUCAACAGCCUGCUGUCCUCUGGUGAGGUUCCAGGCCUGUACUCCCCAGAGGAGCUGGAGCCCCUCCUCUCCUCUCUCAAAGAUCCUGCAUCGCAGGACGGAUUCACCGGACCCCUCUUCAACUACUUUGCCUACCGAAUCCAGCAGAACCUACACAUAGUGUUGAUCAUGGACUGCACCAACUCUAACUUCACCAUUAGCUGUGAGAGCAACCCGGCUCUCUACCGCAGGUGUUCCGUUCAGUGGAUGGACGGAUGGUCUGAGAGCAGCAUGAAGAAGAUCCCUGAGAUGCUGCUGGCUAAGGUGGAGGGAGAGGGGGAGAAGAGUGGAGGAGAGAAAGGCCACGAGAGAAAAGGCUCAGCGUCGGGUCAGGGUGAUCUGUGUCGCUCCUUCCUGAUGAUCCAUGAGUCUUGUAGAGAAUAUGGAGCCACACCCAGCCAGUACAUGACCUUCCUCCACGUCUACACCUCCAUUUACAGCAGCAAACAGAGCCAGCUCACUCUCAGACAGCAACAUCUACAGGCGGGCGUGUCUAAGCUGAACGAAGCGAAGGCAUUGGUGGAUGAGCUGAAGAGGCGGGCUGCUGAGCAGAGCACUCUGCUGAGGACCAAACAGCAGGAGGCAGACUCAGCCCUGCAGGAGAUCACCACCUCUAUGCAGAAUGCCAGUGACCAGAAGACUGAGAUGGAGAAAAUCAAAGGGAAGAUUGCUCAGGAGGUGUCUAAGUGUGAAGAGAGGAAGGGGAAAAUAGACGACGAGCUGAGAGAAGUACAGCCCCUGGUGGAUGAGGCUAAGCGAGCUGUGGGGAACAUCAAGCCAGAGUCUCUAUCAGAGAUCCGCUCCCUGAGGAUGCCUCCUGACGUUAUCAGAGACAUCCUGGAGGGGGUGCUGCGACUCAUGGGCAUCUUCGACACCUCCUGGGUCAGCAUGAAGAGUUUCCUGGCUAAGAGGGGGGUAAGAGAGGACAUAGCCACAUUUGAGGCGAGGAACAUCAGUCACGAGAUCCGUCAGAGUGUGGAGGAGCUACUGACCAGAAACAAGGCCUCCUUCGACCCCAAGAAUGCUAAGCGGGCAAGUGCUGCG